AUGUCUAGCGAUGCUACAAAGUCGCUAAUCAAAAUGCACAUUAACCCAACCAAACUUGGUAUUGGUGUUAAAAAUGUGCGCCGUAUCCGCAAAAAUGGCAUCCUGGUAGAGGUACGAAACAGCCAGGAUGUCGUGAAACUUCAAAAGGAGUUGACAGAGGGCCCCAAGGAGCUCAGGGAGGCAGUCAACUGCCGACUGCCCCAGAAGCACCGACCGAGGGUCAUUUUAUUCGACGUUGACCCGGAUGUCAAAGGCAACGGUCUCAUGGAGAUAAUAAGGGUUCAAAAUGAACUCGGGCUGCAGACUGGCGACCUGCGGCCCUGUUUCCCAUUAAAGGGAAAAGGAGAGUUCACCAACUGGGUGUUGGAGGCCUCUCCACCUGUCUUCCACGCUCUCCUGCAGAAGGGGAGACUCCAUGUGGGGUGGACCUGCAACCGAUUGAGGGAAUACCUGAGCUGCACUCGAUGCUACAAGUGCUAUGCCUUCGGGCAUAUUGCACGGGGCUGUAAGGCGGCAGCCCAAAAAUGUAGCAGAUGUGCCCAUGACCACUCCUACAAGGAGUGUAAGGCACCCGAGCCUCGGUGUGUCAACUGCACUGAGGCAAACAGAAAAUUUGGCCUACAGCUGGGUACGGGUCACUCUGCCAUGAGUGCUAGCUGUCCGUGUUAUGCACGGGAACUAGAACGAGUUCGGGCCAGGACUGAUUACGGUCUUUAA